GGCCGGGAUGAAAGAGGAUCCGAAGUUGUUAUAAACAGGCUCCACCAGGGUGCACAGUCGUGCGAGGAGCUGAUGAGAUUUUACAAGGAGCGUAUUGCGCUGGAAGAGGAGUACUCUCGUCGUCUGGAAGCCAUAUCGAGAAGAAGCAUAGGGACGUACGAAACCGGCAAUCUUAGAGAGGCCUUCGAGACACUGCGUGGUGAGACAGAGCAGAUGGCCAAGUCACAUUCUAACCAGGCUAAGAAACUUCAAAACGAUUCGCUCAAGACUUUGUCGUCCUUCUCUUCGACUUUUGUCGCCAAUCGUCAACCCGUUGAGCACUCUGUAGAAAAGAUAAGAAAGAGUAAGCAGGCUAUGAACAGUACUGUGUUGAGAUUGAAAGAGAGAUACCAAGCAGAGACUACAAAGCUCAAUACACUUAUUGCACAGGAGUCACUCUUACUGGGAAGGGAACAAGACAAAAACAGACAAAAGAUCCAUCUGCAACAGGAGUUGGUGUCUGAGGUUAGACAGGAGUACCAAAUAUCAGUAAAGAAGUUACAAGAGCUACAAGCCACUUGGAUUGAUGAGUGGAGGCUCUCGAGUGCAAAACUUCAGGAGAUGGAGGUUUCACGUAUUGACUUUCUUCUCGCAAACAUCUGGGAAUACACUAACAGUGUAUCCUCUUCUUGUGUUAAUGAUGAUGCCGCUUGUGAAACAGUUAGAAAGAGCCUGGAGCAGUGCAACGCACAACAGGAGAUCGAUCUCUUUGUUCAAAAGUUUGGCACAGGGAGAGAGAUCUAUACGACGGAACCAUUUGUGGACUACCUCAAUGGUGAAUCAGAUGGUCAGUUCAGACCAAGGGUUGUAAACACAUUGUCCUCUGAGACAAGGUCCAGUUCUGAUAAAACCCUUCUACAGCCUCAAACUGCUCCUCCACUAAUAUCCAAAAAGGAUACUGAUGUCAUCAUGGCUCCAAGCAACGAAGACCCGUUACGUGCAACUUUAGAGGACCUCAAGCAUGGUGGUAAUGGUGAUAUGCACAGGCUCAAGGAGAUGUUGAACGACACAGAUCCAAGUCAGAGACGCUCUAGAAUGAGUGAAGUCCCAGAUUUCAGAUCAUCAGGAUCCAGUCAGACAACGACGGGAACAACAAGGAUACUCACGAGACCAAAAUCUAUGAUUGAAGACCUUGAACAAUACCAACAACAAGAAGCUCAGAAAAGAAACGCAAAACGGUCAUCCUUCCAUUCUGGUAUAAGGUCUCAAAGUAGAUCUAGCAUUAAUAUUCCAGCUAAGUUGAGCAACAAUGGCUUACCAAUGGUUACAAGGAACGGCAAGAGAGUUCUGAAACAUGCAAAAGCAUUGUUCGACUUCUCAGCAACGAUUGAUGGUGAGCUAACUUUCAAGGAAGGUGAUGUAUUGUCUGUUCUUCAUAUGCAAGAAGACGGCUGGUGGGAGUGUGAACGUAUCGCAAACGGUGCUGUCGGAUUGGCACCAUACAAUUACCUUGAAACGAUAUGA